AUGCUCGGCGCGUUGCUUGGCUCUGAAGAAUAUCCAAACGAUAUCCCACUAAUACCGCAGUCGGUUCGCGAUCUCUCCUACGUCGGCAUUUUCCCACUCGCAUCGCACUUCGACACGCUCGUGCAGCACCUACCGCCCCUAGAUAGACUAUUCGUGCAGCUCGUGCCACGCAAUGACAUUCUGAACGAUGCUGAGGAGAUGCGGAACAUCGACGUGAACGACCUGUGGAUGGAGCGCAACUCCGCAUAUCAGCUGCUCAUGAAAGAGCUGUUCGACCCUACGCAGAGCGGUAAUGGCAGCGGCAGCAUCAACAGCAACUGGUCCAUGUUGCGUGAGUUUGAGAGCGGAGACGCCGCCGACCGCGAGGCCUGGGAGAUGGCGGUCCAAUACAUCCGGCUCUCAGGGGGCGACUGGAGGGUGGAGCGGGAGGGCGUCUUUGUUCGGCGAGACGAGGACGACGAUAGCGACAGUGGCCGCCGCAUCUCGUUUCAGCCACUCCAUGCGCACAACGACGGGGAAGACUUCGAGGCUGGCUUCAGUGAUGAUGAGCCUGAAGGUGACGCAGCUCAUCCGUCGAACUUCUUGUUAGUAACCCCUCUCAUUCUACCCGACACCCUUCUCUGCGACUCCUACUCCCAAGACAACGGAUCGUUCCAUCAUAGAAGCAGCACUAAAUCUGAGACCAAGUCAGGGGCAGCUAAGGCGAAUAGCUUUCAAUGGGACGGCGAGAUUGCCAUUGUCUAG